AUAGGCACUCUCUGAAAGUGCAUUGUACAAGCCUAAAGACGCAUUUUAAGUUCUAUAGCACCCAGAAAUAAUACCCAACCUACAUCUUGAUGGUGCUGUAAAAACUAUAACUAAAAUGAAAUCUUCAAACAACAUCCUAUUGAAAUAUUGAUUAACACUUGAUUUUUUUAAAUCAGACGGUUCUUUGAGUCUUUUUGCUUCACAGUUGCCGUCAAACUACUCUUUUUUGUAUGUGCAGCCUGUGUAUCUUUUUACAAGACAUUUAAGAAUUGGCUGGGAGGACACCGUUUAUUUUGGGGGGUUGCCAAUUUCUAUAUUUUAUGUAGGUGUUUGAAUGUGGUUUUCUUUGGGGGAAACUGCAGUGAGAUACGGCAACAUUACAUUCCCUUGUAUGGUCAUCGCCCCUCAGUGGAUGCCCUGAGGUCCGCGUGGAGGCAUGGGUUGGCAUGGUGACUGCAACUUUGACCAUAAAGCAACACUGGCAGUUGACGGUUCAUUGCGCGUGGACUGGAGCACUGCAAGCUCCUUGUCUGACCUCGCGCUUUUGGGGAGUACGCGGACCUGCUUGGCACGCAGACUGAUUCUGGCAGCUCCUUUGGGCGCACUGGACUUCAGCGAGGUGAAUGUUGAUGACACCAUUGAAAUGUUACCAAAAUCAAGACGAGCUCUCACCAUUCAAGAGAUUGCGGCAUUAGCGCGAUCCUCUCUGCAUGGUAUUUCCCAGGUAGUGAAGGACCAUGUGACGAAGCCUACAGCCAUGGCUCAAGGCAGAGUGGCCCACCUGAUAGAGUGGAAAGGCUGGUGUAAGCCUAUAGACACUCCAGCAGCCCUGGAAUCAGACUUCAACUCUUACUCCGACCUCACUGAGGGAGAACAGGAGGCGCGCUUCGCUGCCGGUGUGGCAGAGCAGUUCGCCAUAGCGGAGGCUAAGCUGAGGGCCUGGUCCUCUGUGGACGGUGACGAGUCCAACGAUGACUCAUAUGACGAGGACUUUCUGCCUGCCAACGAGCCCACCACACAGAGCACAGAUGUGCCAUCAUAUCCUCCCUACUUGAAGGACCUGAUCCACAGCCAGCUUUGCCAACACCUGGGCCUGCGAGGGCCCUGUUGCGAGGGUGGAGGAGGAGGCGGCGAGGGAGGUGGCAGCGGAGAGCCCUCCCCCACGGCAGGCUCCCCGGACACCCUGUGCUCCAGCCUCUACAGCCUGGACGAGCACCACCCGCUGCUGCGUGACCUGGGCAGCCACCGCGGCACCCACUCCCACAGCAACGCAGCCGAGCUCGCCGCCAAGAUCCUGUCGGUGCUGCAGGGAGGGGAGGAGCUGCUGCUGGCUCGACUUCAGAGGGUGGGGCAGAGUGGGCCUGGUGGGGGGGACAGCGGCUUCCACAGCCUGGGUGGGGAAGGGCGGGGCAUCAGGCCCUGCGGGGGUCAGGACUCUCCUUGCUACUCCAUGUCUUACUCUGAGACGUACCUGUCACCUGGCGAGGAUGACGACAGCCCCUGCAAGGACUAUGAGAGCACCGUGUGUCAGGUGGAGGCGGAGGGAAACGGAGUGGAGCCCAACUACGAUCCACGCAGGAGGGUCUCUGACGUGGCCUCCUCUGGGGUUGUGUCUCUUGAUGAGGAGGAUGAAGAGGAAGAGGAGGAGGAGGAGAGGGCAGGAGAACCAAACAACCAAUGACUCCUCUCAUCUCACCUGAGUGUUUAAUCCCUCUAAGUUCUUGGAGGGUUUUCUUUUUCGCAACAACUUCCACUCUCCUCCAUGGCGUCUGAAAAGUCUGAACCUCUACGCAUGUUGCUUUUCUUUCUCCUCUGACUGAAGCAUAAAUCAUCCGUCUUUGCCUUACUUGCAGCAUUUCAACUCCUCCUUUCCACCUCGUAACUGCUUUGUCCCCAUUCGAUGUAUGAAUUCUGUUUUCUUUUAAGGCGUCCAAACAAUCUUUUUUAUCAGUGUGAAAACAGGUGUGCUGGACUUGCUACAGCUGUCCAGGGACUUACUUGUGGGUAUGACGCUCACAGUUUUCGGCUCUGUCCCUACCUGUGAAGUGACUCUAAAAACGGACACCUCCAACAGGCAGACAGAAUGACUCUGAGUCCAAAACUCUGACUUAUCUUUGCAUGUGUUUUGCAAGUGCUGAAAUUGAUGGGCUGACCCAGUCUUGAGCACGGUUUGUAAUCUCAGCUGUUCUGUAUAACCCCCGCCCACCUCUCCAGCGUCUCCCAUGGGAGGGAGGGUUGACACUGCAUCCCAGGACCUGCCCUUACCUCCCCCUCCCCCCUCCCUCCCCCCCCCUCCUUUGCAAGAGACAAAAUAGCAUCCUUUUGGGCAUGGCUUGCUGAGUAUGCCAAACUAUUUAACCCUGUCACUACCAAUUAUGAGCAAAUGCUGGAAUGUCUUCAAAGUGACAGGACAUAGUAUGUAUUUUAAAAUAACAAAGUUUAAAAAAAGAUUUGUCACAAAUUAUAUGACAGAAAUGAUAUGCUUUUAUUGUACUAGUUUUCUAUCACUCAAACAUGUUGUUGUUCACAUUAUUCCAAACAUCAUUAUGAUGGACAUCUGCCAUAAUGAUCAACUAUAGCUACUGGAAAUGUUUGGGGUUCUGUGGAAGACACGAGAACAUUGGUUGUCUUAAAAAAAAAUACACAGCAGCAGCAACGACGACAAAUAGUGACAGAAUGUUCCUGAAGUGACCCUUCAGCGCUAGGUGUUCGGCAGGAAGUGGCACAGCUGUAAAAGACAGAAAAGUUUUUUCUGUGAAGAGAUGACUUGCAUCGGAGAUUUUCUAUAUUUUUGUAUGCGUUGUCUUGCUUUGAUCUCUUUGCCUAUGCGGCGUGCCAGUGUAUGUGGUUUUUUGCACGAAGCUAACGUGGCUGUAGAUUUCUCCUUUUCUUCGUUAUCACUGUGUGAUAUAGUUUAAUGGGAAAAAAAUAACCAUACAAAUGUGAACAAAAAAGUUUUUAUUUAAUUUUUUAUUUCAAAAGAGGAUACUGUGAUACGGUUUGUUAUUGCCACAUGUCAUGAUCCUCAUGAAGAGCUCUUGUUUUUUCUUUUUUUCAAAUUUCAAAAUGCUCUUCUUUCUUUCCUCUCAUACUGACUCCUGAAAAGCUAUUGCCUUUUAUUCUAUAUUUUCUCUUUUUACUAUGAUGUUUGCAAAAUGGCAUGUUUAUGUGACACAUGCAGAAACUCCCAUCUCCAUAGUGAUGUGAGGAGCCCUGUUGAGGUUCUCCCAGAGGGACUGUCAUUCAUACAACUCAGGAAAUCCCAUUGGACCAUAGCAUCAGUGCAUCCCGUCUGCACGCAUAACACCACUCUUCUCUCAUCCUCCGUGUGUGUGCUUGUGUGGGUGCAUUUUUGUGUGUUUGUGAGACAGAAAGCCUGCCUAGUUAUUUUCUACAAAUAAUUAAAGCACAGAUUCAGUCCCCACAUCCUUCUUUGAUGUUGUUCGACUGUUUAGAAAAGUCUCUUUGUGCGAGUCUGUAUGUUUGAUGUUUUCUGCAAAUGUGUGUGUGUGUGUGUGUGUGAUUGUGUGCGUGGCUAUAUUGUAAGAUGUCAGCAAGCUCCGUAAGCUUGCACAGUAUAUUCAUUCCAAAACCCCUCCAAUGCAGCGAUUCCCUUUAAAGCAGUAUCUGGUGUAGCUGAGCUCUGGUUGGAGGUUGAACUUUUACUGGUGCUGGAGAUUUUAAAAAAGCAUACAGUACAUACAUCUGGAAAUUAUUUUGAAAAUACAGAAGGGAUGACAUUGCUAAAUCGGCUGACUUCUGAACUCAAAACUACAUGAAAAUGAGGAGUCCCAGUCAGGAGAGUUGGAAAAGACAGCGACAACUCAGGGGGAACCAUUGAAGCUGUGCCUUUCAUUUGUCACCUUUGACCUCCCAAGUUGUACCAUCAUCAUCAUCACAUCCUCCAUGCUGUCACUCAGGCCAUAGCUUGGAUUUCUUCCCCUUCUCCCUUUUGAAAUGAAUGCAGUGUAAAAUGCUACUAAAAUCAGUUUGAUAGUGGCACCAAAUAUCCUGUUGCAUCUCCUGUGUGUAUUCUCCCGCUGUAGCUGGAGGUUACAGCGGGCCCAUUUGCGUCAUUGUCCUUUUGGUUGACAUUAAAAGCUGGGCGAUGCUGGCGAGGCGAGGUUGUGCUUUUGUCCUGGCGCGGUGACGAGAGCGUGCCAUUGUUCACCGCCCCCCCCUUCAACUUAUCAGCUCACUCUGACCACCACAGUGCAUUUGCUGUGUCUGUCUCUCUGAGUGUCCUCGUCCUCUCCCUGGGCAGUGUGUGUGUGAGAUGGUGUGAGUGUGUGUGCAACUAUGUCUGUGUGAGAGAGAAGACGGGCACCUUGGUGUGAUACGUUUUUCAUUCACCCAGCUAUCUUGUUCUCUUUCUCACAUGGACAUGAGUGUGUUUUUAUUAUUAUACUUCUGAGGACCAUGACUACAUUCAUUCAUACAGUUUUAACCUUUACCCUAACCCCAUCCUAAAUCUAAUCUUAACCCGAAAUCCAAUUCUUAAUCCCUGGCACUUUGGUGGAUUUCCUCAUCUUUCUAUCCUUGUGAGAACAUUUUGUCCUCAUAAGAGUAGAAACAGAAGAAUUCCCGCUGACACACACACACAGACAGCCUGAUGAAUGUCUACCCUCUCCAUCCUUCCUUCUCAUUCCUGUCAUUUCCUGCGCCCUCAACCCUUCUCUCAUCUCCUCCCACCCCUCUUUGUCUCCGUCCUUUCCUCUUUGCCUCCACUCCCCCUCCUCUCUUUCUUUCCCUCCCUCCCUCCAUCUAUCCCCACAGGUGGCUCAUUACAUAACCAAGAGGACGUCUGAGUGCUACCUAUGCCCACAGGCAAUCAGCCCACGAUUAUAAAUCCGCCUGACAAACAGGAGAUGCGUAUCUCCCUCCUGUCUGUCUUUUUUUUCACCCUCAAGUCUUUUUCCCCUUCACUCCAUCUGGACCCUCCCUUCCCUCUCUCUCUACCCCCUCCUCACCGCCACAAGCUUUUUCUAAGUGACAUCUUUUGAGGUUAGCUGUCCCAGAAAACUCCUAGCAGUUUUUGGAAGCAUUUUAGCGUUUCUCCCUCGCCUCUCUCUUUGGGAAGUGAUUCGUAUUUUGUAGCCCAAUAACAGAAGAACACUCCGCUGUCAGACAGGUGUCUUUAGAGUGUUCUUUUUGUGUGAGUGUGUGUCUUUGGGCAGUGUGUUUUAGUCUGUUGCUUCAGACAAGUGCUGACAUUGGAUAGGCCUACUUAUCAGAGAGAUGUGCUCCAGAUUGUCUCUGUGAGUGUGUGUGUGUGUUUGUGUGUGUGAUAGUGGCAGGAGAACCCAGUGCUAUAAAAAGACAUCAAAACAUCUGUCGGACAGUGUCAAGGCAGGAGGGCGUAUGAAUAUUCAGUUGGUGGUGGCGCCCCUGUUACCCUAUAGUCUACUUACCAUUUUAGAACAAAGCUGAAGGGCCCGGGGACCGCUCUCACCACACCACCAGCCCCCAGUGGUGAAUAUUAGGACAAAACCUGUGAACAUAACUGAGACUGAGAGCGUGAAAACUGGUUAAGGAACUGAAAAUAGACAGUGUAAUCUUCACAGAGAGCGAAGGUCUGUGUGUAACCCACAUUAGCCUCCACUGUCUUAAUUAAAACAUCCCACAAUCCCCGGGAUGGGGGGGGGGGCUCGUGAGAGUUCAGACAGUAAAGCCAUACAACUCACAAGACACUAUGAACUAACAGGGAAUAAGGAAAAUAGAUGACCCAAAAUGAAUGUACUGUCCCAUCUACAUCCUAAUAUCACCAUCAGCAUCGGUCAAAACACACACACUCAACCUUCUCCUCCCUCUGAAAUUUGUUUGAUCUUUUUUUUCCCCAUUUUAAUACUUUUCUUCCUCUUUUGGCUGAAUGUAAUUAUUUGAAUAUUGCCACCUUGGGUUUGAAAACUGAAUCUUUGUUUGCUGCAUCUGAUAUUAUUUCGAGUUAAUAAAAUAUUGUUAUUGUUCUUUGCAAAAA